UCCAUUUAUCAUAAAACUAAUAGCUGGGAUGAGCACAUCAACAUUCUACAAAUAAUUGUAGACAUGUUCCUUCCCCAUCUACCUCUAUCAGAACUUGAGGAAUGUUUCUCUACAGUCCUACCUAAGGUAGUGUUGGUGUUUUCUGGGCUUUUGGAAGAGAUCAGCAAGCAAGUUGGAGGCCUGUCAAGUCAGAACACAGAGCUUCAUACGUUUCUCAGGAAUAUUUUGCAGAUUAUGGUGCAAACGUUGGAGGCCCUGUCUUGUUGUGUACGGCAUGUGUGUUCUUUUGACAUGCCUACUUCCCUACAGUCCAUUCGCUCUCUGCCCUCCUGUGUCCUUCAGGUUCUUAAGGACACCUUUCAACACUGCAAGGAGAGUGAGAUUGUGUACAGUGGACGACUGUCACUAGUGGGCGACCUGCUACAGAGCCUGUUUAAAGGGGCCUACUCACUGCAGAAAUACCUAAUGGAGGUUUUGGAUAAAAUCAGUCUGGAAAAUAGUGCUUCUGAAGAAGAGAUCUCUGAUAUGAUCACCGUCAUUCACAGUUUGCUGGACAUAUGCUCUGUAAUAUCAAGUCUGGACAUUGCUUUGCAUGCCAACACAUGGAAAUUUGUAAUUAAGCAGAGUGUAAAGUACCAGUCUCUGGUAGAGGAGCACUUACGACAUGGCGACGUCAUUUCAUUUUUGUGUGAAGACCUGCUGGCAUCAGCACGCAAUGCUCAAGAGCUGGCAGAGCAGAUGCAGCAGGCCAAUAUACAGGAAGUAGCAAACUGCCCUGAAUACAAAGUUUUCCAGAAGACCACAAAGAUGUGCAGGUUUUUUACCAACACUCUAGUUCAUUACCUAAAGGAAUUUAAACCAUUUCUGUCCAACUUUUCUACCUGUUUUUACCAGCUUUACCUUAAACUCAUCAGCAAAUUCUCUCCAAAUCUCUCUGCCUUGUCUGUGCCAGCCGGCCUGGCUGAAGAGCUGAGCGGAGCUGUUUUGGUUCCUCUCGAUGUUUUGCUGACCCACCUUUUGUCUAUAAGAACUUUUGCUGAAUGUGCGCUGUCCCCAGACUUGCAGUGCGGCCCAGAGCUUGUGCUGUCUCAAUGUCUGCUGUUGGUAAAUGUGUUGGGGAAGCUCUACUCCCAACCAGACGAGGUCUUGUGUCUAUGGUGUGGUGGCAGUCAGUUUUCAGAGGAAGUGCCCAGGUUGUCAGUCUUUGAGGCUGUGUUUUUGAGUUUCCGGCAGUGCCCAGUGGAGCGGACAGUGCCUGUUCGUUUGCCAGGGGUGAUGCUUCAUGGUCAGGCUCAGAGCACAGUCAGCCUGCACCAGCAUGUGUGUGUGCAUUUGUGUGGCUGUGUGGCAGCACUGCCUGCUCAACACUUUCCAGCGCUGGAGCGAUCAUUGUUGGAUUCUGUUCUCCAGUCAGACACCCAGACGACUGUCUUAUCCACAGAUGUUUGGUGCUUUCUGGCACGGUACGGCACAGCCGAUUUAUGUCUGCACCAUGUUCUCCUCACAGCUCACCUGAUAAAGUCAUGUCCAAGUAAAAGCUGUCAAAAUUCUCACUUGGGUUUGCUGCUGAGACGCCUCCUCUUCCUCAUGACCCCAAACCACCAGAUGGACUUUCUGAAACACUUUCCACCCUCACAGAGUGAGAAUGUGUGUGUGUGGCAUCCUGUUUUGCUCAGAAGUUUGUGUGUGGAGGUGCGUGCUUGUGUGGUGGACGAAGUGCUGAGCAGUGCCACAGCUGCACUGGAUGCAUGGCAGGGUACUGGCUACAGACUGGGAAAUGUAAAUGCACUGAAUAAGGCAUUGGGAUGUGUACUGAUGGUAGUUCGAGGAGAAGGCCUGCAGGAUGAAAGCAUGGAAUUGUCACUAAAGAUUGUUCACCAGCUGUGGAAUCGCAUGUGUGCUACUCAGGUUCAGAUCCACCCCUUACUUCAGUGUACUUUCAGAUUGCUUCUGUCUGUUUCAGCCAACGUCAUUAAAAAUGUGGAACCACAUGCCAUUGUUCAGGCUUUUACGUGCCUGAGUGGUCUAAAUCUGCACAAAUGUCCUGAUGAACUGGUGCUGGCUGCUCUGGAGUUUUUGGCCUCUAUGGGGAAGGUUUUUGUUCCUUCUGAUAUUCAGUUUCAGGUUCUGCCCAGACUCAGCUCACUGUUCAGUUCUCUGCUGGCUCAUGAUUCUUGGCUUCUCCAUCAACAUGCCCUGGAAGCAUUUGCCAUCUUUGCUGAGGCCACUAAUCAUGAGGAGGUUAUCUCUCAAAGUCUGACACUGGACAAUACUAAGAACAAAGUGGUGAACUUCCUCAGCAAAGUCAUUACAGACCAGGGAACUGCAGAGGAGCGCAUGAAGAGGCUCAAAGCGGAAGCAAAUGUGAUAGAAAAACACAAUGACAGACUGGAAAAAGAGGAAAAUACAACUAAAGACACGUCUCUUGCUGUGGAGCCCUGUGCAAAACGAGCACGCCAGGAGACCACCGGAGAAGAAGAGUAUGAGCGCUAUCUCCAAACAGCAGAAAGUGCUCUGAAGGCACUGCAGGGAAUAGGAGGUGCCGAUUCAUCUCCUCCACAGUGGGUAACAUCCAGACUGAAGGACUUGCUCACACUGAUCACUGGACUCAGUAGCAGCACUCCUGAUGUGUCCUGAUACAGCUUGCUUCCAAUACAAUUCAGAUUAUUUCACCAACCACAAGACCAUGCAACUGGUUUUAGGGCCAAAUUUAUGUUCAAAGUGCACUUUUUUUUUAAUAAAAGGUUUCUCCACUUGA